CACUCUAUCGGCAAAGUUGCGCACUAGCUACAGCACCACCACCGGCAGCAGUUCGGCUCUUGUUUUUUCCCGUCGAUUUAUCCAGACACUCGUGACGAUCCAGACUGGACGUAAACGUGCAUUGUUUUGCGGCGUAUGGAUGCUGGCCUGGUCGACUGCACUGCCUAAACUGAUGUGAAAAAUUGACAAUUAGAAACGAAAUUACUUAGCUCGAAAAGUGUGACGUCCAGAUAUUCAAACAGAUGGAUAGACAACACUACCUUUUGAAAUACUCAAUAAGCAGCAGAAAACGCAAGCCAGUGCUAAAGCAGUUGUAAGAAUGCUAAAUAGAGAAACAAUGUAACGACUUGAUGGUGGACUAGUUCCGAAAAAUGGGCAGUUUACCAAACUUGCACGAGUUGGGAAAAAAUGAAGAUACUGGAGAAUCAAGUGGUUAUAAACCAGGUCCGGCACUUGGACAUUUGUGCGGUGGGUGCAAUACAUCCCUAUCUGGCGAAGAACGGUCUAAAAUACUGCACCGAUACUCAGAACACACCAAAAUUACUAAAGUUAGAAGUAAUCCACAUGAUUCUUAUAAGGUAGUCCAAGAUGAUCUCAUGAUGGAGCAUAUGGCCGCAUAUUCGCCCAUAUCAGCACGAUCUCGUUUUAAUAUUAAUAUGCAGAGCGGCCCAAUGAGGAGAAUCGACUCGAUGGCUAGCUCCAUUGGAGCCACUUCUGUACGGAGGCUUCUGGCAGUUGUUCGAGGUGGUCCCCAUAGUAAUUCCGGAGGUCGCACAUCUGGAAUCGUGUAUAGUAGAAAGGCUCUGUUAGCUAAUUUAUUUAUUAUGUGCAUAUGCCAUCUGCUGUCCACUGCAGCUUUUUUACCAUUCCUUGCACUCCAAAGUAGUGUAUCAGUGUGGGUACAAUCUCUAACCAAUGUCGGUUUUCAGUUUAAUACAGGGUCUCUACUAAGUUCUGAAACUUUUUUGGUAGCAGCACUGUUUUCGUUGCUAGCUCCAUGUGUUGUAAGGAUGAUUGGAUUUACCAUUGUAUGUGCACUUUGUUAUGCUGGUAUGGUAGGUUUCUUUGUUGCACAUCUUUAUCCUGUGCUGUAUACGACAAUACCAAUAAGCUUUGUGCUGGGAAUCAUUUUUGGAUUAUUGUCGAGUGCUCAUAUUUCGUUUCUCAUGAUUUUGUCCCAGAAAAUAACUGGACUGUUUCACGAAGAGGAUGAUGAUGGAAGGUUUGCAAGAAGAACCUGUGUUAUUAGAAGAGUGGCAAGGGCAUUUCAGGGUGCAAAUGAUUUUGGUCUUAUACUAGGAUCAGUAAUGUCAUUCCUAGUUAUACAUUUUACAAUAAAUCUGGGUUUUCAUGUUCCUACAAUAGAAUCGGAAAAUGGUACAAUAAUUACAAACGACUGCAUAGUCAAUGGAACUGAUACACCCCUCUCUUGUUUCAAUCAAAGUCAAACAAUCAUAGUCUCUUCUUCGAGCCCUUAUGACUACAAUUCUUUCCUAGAUGACAUAUUUGAUAAAAGCGAAGAUGGCAGGCUCUGUGGAGCUCAGGCCUGUCCUAUUUUUCUCCUGGGUAACUCAUCUUUACAAUCAGGUUUUAGAGUACUGCCGAUUAACUCCGCCGAAGUGCUGGUAGCAACUUUCGCUGGCGCCUGCGGGAUAGCUUUUUUACUUGCUGCCUUUGGAUUGGACAAAAUCAAAAUUUUGACAUACCAAGAUCCUCUAGAACGAGGAGUUGGAAUGGCUUCCCUGAGAGCAGUUAGAGAAAGUUUUAGAGAUCCAAGACUGCAAAUGGCAGCGCCGUUAGCUGUCUUUAUUGGCCUCGAGCAAGCCUUUAUAUACUCAGACUUUAGCAAGUCUUACGUUGUUUGUACUCUAGGAAUACAUCGUCUAAAUUUAGUAUUUUUAGCUAUGGGAUUGCUGCAAUCAAUUGCAGCGUGCACACUAAGCAUGCUUCUUAGAUCAAUACGAAGGUACUAUGUUGUAGCCGUUGGUUUUGCAUUUCAAACAUGCCUUAUUAUGGUACUACUAUUAUGGAAACCCAUUGAAGAUGAUCCAGCACUUUUCUAUGUUAUAUCAGCUGCAUGGGGUGUUUGUAACGCUAUUUGGGAAAUGAUUAGUUUCACUUUACUUACUGGUCAGUAUGCGGACAAUUGGGAAGCAGCAUUCGCCAACAGAACAUUUUUUAAAUUUAUAGGGCUCUCUGUUGCGUUUGUGUUCCACAGUUUUUUAUGCAAUUACAUGAAAUUGUAUUUACUGGCCAUUGUCAUGAUUAUAUCGGUAAUACCAUUUGCCCUGCUGGAAUAUCGAUUAGAACACAUCAGAAAAAUUAAAAACAUUUCGCGAUUAUGACUAAAAUUGACGCUAUUUUGAUCCGUUAGAAGGUAUCUUUUGACGUAUACAUAUCAUAUUUUCCGUACUUUUCAUUACAAAAAAGCGAAUUGGGUAAUCGAUGUAACGUU